CUGCUCGGCCGCGCGCACGCACGCGGGUCUGCAGAAUACAUGCAGCUCCUCCUCGAGGGGGUCGCGGUGACUGAGAGCCCCCACCCCCUCGUCUCUCUCUCUUCCCCCCGGCUCCGCCUGCGCCCGCCCCGGCACGGAUUGUUGACAAAAGACGCUGCGAGACGGAGCGAAGGAACCCAGAGCCCGGUACUGGUGAGCAGAUCUGCCCGUUAACUUAACUUAUUUUCCUAAACAGUUAAAAGAAGAAGAUCGGGACGACGGAGAUAGGGGGCACGAGGACUCUUCCGUUCCUAGAAACCCGUGUGGCCGAGGUGAUUCGGUUGUCGGCGGUGGUCGGACCGCAGCAGGCCGGUGUGAAGUCGACGCCCCCCCCACCUCCCCUUCCUCUCCUCGCGAUUGGUAUUUACCGACAAAACCAGCGGCCAAGAUGGGUCACUCGCUGUGAGUGGAAGGGCCAGACCAGCGUUACAGGAGGCGGCGGCGGCGGCCUUGGGCAGGUCUACUCAACCGGGAAUGGUGUGAGCUGAGACGGCCAGGCAGUCUGGAUCUGACCGGGGACCCGUCAUUCCCCCGGAGCCUCCGCAGCUCCAAGCUGCGUCCUGAGCCCUCCAAGAUGGGGAAGUGCGACGGAAGGUGCACGCUGCUGGUGAUAUGUUCACUGCAGUUGGUGGCAGCCCUUCAGAGGCAGGUGUUUGAUUUUCUGGGCUACCAAUGGGCUCCCAUCCUGGCCAACUUCCUGCACAUUAUGGCCGUCAUCCUGGGCAUGUUUGGCACCGUGCAGUUUCGCUUCAAAUACCUUAUCUUUUAUGCAGUAUGGCUGGUUCUUUGGGUGGGUUGGAACUCGUUCAUUAUCUGUUUCUACCUGGAGGUUGGAAACCUGUCUCAGGACAGGGACUUUCUCAUGACGUUCAACACAUCCCUUCAUCGUUCGUGGUGGAUGGAGCAUGGUCCUGGUUGCCUGGUAACGCCAGUGCUAGACUCUCGCAUGGCCCCUGACGACCAUCAUGUCAUCACUGUCUCCGGAUGUCUCCUUGACUACCAGUACAUAGAGGUGUUGAGUUCGGCCAUUCAGAUCCUAUUGGCUCUCUUUGGCUUUGUAUACGCCUGCUAUGUGAGCAAAGUCUUCCAGGAUGACGAGGACAGCUUUGAUUUCAUCGGUGGCUUUGACUCGUAUGGCUACCAGCCUCCUCAGAAGUCCUCACAUCUGCAACUGCAGCCUCUUUACACGGCUGGUUAACCGUUGGUAGCGCCCCCUUCAGGCCAAACCCUGACGGUGUCACUGUGGAUGGAAAGCGGUGUUUGCCUCAAUUACACUCACUCUGUGUCACAGUUUACCGGAGGAAUGGACUUACCCCACCCAGAGGGAGAGACGUCUGUGCGUGUGUGCAUGUGUGCUUGAGUCUGCGAAAGAGAAAUACAGCCCUGAAUAGAAUGUACAGAGCUCAGGGAAGAACCAGCAUGCCAGGUGGUGUGAUAAGAUGAAGGAGGAGUCGGGGAGGAGAAAUACAGAGAACAAGAGCUGGGGACGCCUCUGUCAAAUCACAGAAGACACACUUCACUAAACUGCCAGCUCUCAACACUCCCACGUGUGUGUGUGUGUGUGUGUGUGUGUGUGUGUGUGUGUGUGUGUGUGUGUGUGUGUGUGUGUGUGUGUGUGUGUGUGUGUGUGUGUGUGUGUGUGUGUGUGUGUGUGUGUGUGUGUGUGUGUGUGUGUGACUCCACAGGAUUAGCUGGUGCUUUGUGGUUGCACCCUGGACUCUACCACUCGGUGUCCCUGUGAAUUAUUAUUUUUUGGGUGCUUGUGUGUGUAUGUGUGUGUGUGUGGGGGGUCAUAUAAUAAAAAGAGGCACAGCUCUUA